AUGAUGAAGUACUUGGAAAAGAAGCAAGAGCAAAAUAAGGCACCAAGCCCUUGUUUGCCCAGACAUGCUCUGCCCACAACUGCCACUCCAUCGCCCAUCUGUUUGCUACUAGAGGCUAUAGAUCACAUUAAAGUGGGCUCUUACUAUGAAAUCGACCGCUCUAAGCUCCCUCCCAGAACCACCCCAGAACAGCUCAAGGCGGUUCGGGUCGUCAUGGUGAGUGAGAAGGGUGCGCUCAAAGUGGCUUUGAGGUUCCCAAGCAUUCACUCUCUCCACACUCACAUCACCGAAGGAGGCUACGCAAAACCAUUGGCCAAGCAGAUUCCAGCGCUUAACGAGAAGUACGUGAUGCCAGCAGAAAUGGCUUCAGAGGUGCUUUACCGGAGAAUCCCACCUCAGGAAAUUGCAGAUCGGAGCAACAUUUGGAGCUUCUGGGCUGCUACACCCUCUGCGACAAAUUACCAGAGAAUAAGCUCUUCACCGAGCCCAGCAGUCAGCGGUGAGGUCAUGAACAGGAAUGUGGUUUCCAAAAAGGGUCCAUGCUGGUCGGAGCUAAAGUUCACUGGGAUGGUGACGUGGGGUAAGCGCCGGCAGGUUCGGUACCUGCGCAGGCACGAGCCUUCACCGAGCUCUAGUACUGACGAAGAAGAAGAGAAGGGGAAGGAGCUAACAGAGCUAGAGGAAAAUGGUGAUGAUUUCUAUGUGGAUGAUGAGAAAGCAAUAACUGUGAUAGAGGAAGAUGAUGAUAUUGAAGAAGAAGAAGAAGAUGUGAAAACAGAGGACGAGGCUCCUCCUGUUGUGCCCUGGAAGAUGAACCUUAGGAGUAGGAAGAGGAAGCGCCAAGAUCACCAUACAAGGCCCAAGAAAACCACAAAGAAAUCAAAAUCUAUAACAACAAGUCAAAAGCAGAAUCAAGUUGUAGCAGUUCCCGAUCGGAGUAACAAGAAAUUGGUAAAACACACAGUGGCAAGAUGGUCUGCAGGGAGGUACAAGGCUGCAGAAGAAAACAUGCUGAGGGUGAUGAAGGCCAAGGGUGCUAAAUUUGGGAGCCCAAUACUGAGGCCAGCGCUGAGGUCUGAGGCAAGGAAGCUGAUUGGGGAUACGGGUUUGUUGGACCAUUUGCUCAAACACAUGGCGGGCAGGGUCGCGCCAGGUGGAACCGAGAGGUUUAGGCGGCGCCACAAUGCAGAUGGAGCCAUGGAGUAUUGGCUGGAGAGUGCUGAUCUGUUUGAUAUCAGAAAACAAGCUGGGGUUCAAGACCCUUAUUGGACCCCACCACCUGGGUGGGAGCCUGGUCAUGAUCCCACUCGAGACCCCAUUUGUGUAAAAGAGAUUCAUGAGCUUAAGGAAGAGAUAACCAAGAUAAAAAGGGUGGUUCAUGUGUCCAAGAAUAAAGAGGAUAAUCUAGCUUUGGUGACCGCGUCAAAUUCUUGUUUGACAAGUCUUGACUGGGAACAUGAUGGUUCAUUGAUCCACCAAAAGGAGUAUGCAGUACUGCUAACAAUGCAGCAAAAUAAGAUUAGAGAACAACUUACGGAAAUGUCUCAAUCUCUGUCUCGAAUGGAGGAGGAGCAUGCAGAGCAAAUCCUUAAGAAAACUAAGAUGGAAGAACAACUAAUGGAUGUUUCUCAAUCUUUGUCUGAAAUGAAGGAACAAAUUGGGAUCCUGAAAUCAAGCAGGGAAGAACCACUAAGUAUCUCAGACGCAGCACGGCCAUCAGACACUGAUCAAAGAGCAGCGACAAUAUCAAAGGGUGGGGAGCAAGAAGAAGAAGAAGAUAAGCUUGAAGGAAGAGACAAUAAUGCAGCAGCCACAGCAACUCACGAGGACAAGGCAGCCAAAAUACAGAGACUGAGGAGUGGUUUCAGGAUAUGCAGGCCACAAGGGUCCUUUCUGUGGCCAAACAUGGGCAUCUCUACCCCACCCUCAGCCUCCUCAUCCUCAGCCACCCACUUCAUCCCUAUACCUCCUCAGCCCCAGUCUGGGUCUCCUGUCAAGCCUGUAGCUGAGAAGCGCCCAGUCAACACCGCCACUUUAUGCAAAGUGAGCUAUAAACCCUCUGCCUCUCCUCCUAUUUUUCUUCCACCUGGGCCCCCCUCCAAGAGAAGUGUCACCGUCACCAACACCCUCCUCAUCAACCUUAAUGAGCUCCCCAACUCUAACCCUAAUAACGUCCAAAACGCCUCUGAAACUAGCACUGCAUUGUCUAGGACCCUCACCUACCAGAGAAGACACCAUCAUCAUCAAUAUCCACGUAUGUUGAAGGCUAAGACAGAGGACGGGGAAGAUGGAAAUGCAAACAAUGAGUCUUCUCAGCAGCAGCAGCAUGAUGAGCCGACAAGGUGGUGCUCUUCUUCAUCUCCUUCCACUACUGCCAGUGCCACGUGGAUGGGACAGAAAUGGUGGCUUGAUAUGGCAACUCCUAGCCCUUCUGUGGACAACUCUACCAAGGGUUGA